CGGAGGUGCGAGUGUGGCGACACUGCAGGCUAACAGACGUCUGUCAGCGCGCCAGCAUCACUGCACGUCAGCACACGCUGGCACAAACAGCUGCUGGUGCAUCGCUGCGCGCUGGAAUAGUUUCAUCGCUGGGUGGCACUGCACUGCAGCGAGAGCGCAUCGCUGCGCUGACUGCUUGAUUCCAUCAUCAGCGCGCCCGUCGCCGCGAACGCCGCGUGUAUUCUCGGCGACCGACGGCGUAGGCCGCGUAGGGCUACUGUGGGCCACUCCGCGCGUGCCGCCGUCGACAGGCUGUGACACUGCCUUAACAACCAACACGCCGAGCAAGCAUGGCCGACCAGUCCAACGCCCGCCACAAGCCGCGGAAAGAUGGAUUAGCACAAUCAACAAAAAAGGCCGCGGACCGCUUCCGCGCUGGCGGCCAGCAAAGCGGGAAGCACAAGACGCGAGCCUUUGGCGUCGCGAAUCUGGGACGGUCGAAGCGCUCUUUACAGAGAAACGCGGAUCGGUCCCACCGGAAAGAAGUAGCGGCGACCAUACGGAGAGAUAGUGGCGUCGCACCUACAGUGAUAGUCGUUUGUGGACCGCGAGGAUCGGGAAAAACCACACUCAUCAAGUCUUUAGUAAAACUACACACGCGCCACUCGUUAAAGACGUGUGCCGGACCGAUCACGAUCAUCUCCGGGAAAGAUAAGCGGUUGACGUUAAUUGAGUGUCCGGACGACGCGUGCGCUCUGAUUGACUUGUGCAAAGUAGCCGAUCUAGUUUUACUCACAGUGGACGCGUCGUUCGGCUUCGAGAUGGUGACGUUCGAAGCGUUGGCCUGUCUGCAAGCGCACGGGUUCCCGAAGGUCGUCGGUGUUCUGACGCACUUGGACAAAAUGAAAACGAAUAAGGCCCUGCAACAAGUAAAAAAAGCUCUCAAGCACCGCUUCUGGCAGGAUGUGUAUGAUGGGGCCAAAGUUUUUUACAUCGGCGGCAUCCUGCAGAGCGGCAAGUACCCUAGGAACGAGAUGAGGCAACUCGCUCUGUAUGUGAAUCGCGUCAAGUACCGCCCUUUAGCUUGGAGGAAUGCCCACGGCUAUGUGGUUGUCGAUCGCGUCGAUGACGCGACACCUGGUAGUCGUAUCAGAGCUGAUGCUGAUUGCUCGAGACGAGCGGACUGCUACGGCUAUGUGCGGGGGGCUAGACUCAAACCCGGCGGUAGCGUCCAUGUGCCGGGUCUGGGCGACUUCUCGCCGGAGUCCAUAGAAGUACUCGAUGACCCCCUACCGUUAAUAUCAAAAACCUCGACUCUCGAAAAAAGUGACAGUGUCAUCUACGCGCCGUUGUCCGACGUCGGCGGCGUGGCCUAUGACGACGACGCGGUCUACAUCGACCUGAAGACCGUCGCCUAUUCCAAAGAAGAGGACUUGGACGGUGAAGGCCGCAGGGCCGUGACGGGCGGCGCCGCGGACCUGGUGCGACGGCUGCAGCAGCCCGGUUCGGUAGAUGCGAAGCUGGAGAAGUCGGAAUUACGACUGUUCGGCGGUUCACGAGCGGUGCGCGGGAGUACUGUGGAAGAGGACUCGGCCGAAGACUCCUCGGAUUCGGAUAGCGACGAGUCGUCGUCUAGCGAGGAGGAGGACGCGGCCCGGGCGUCCUUCUUCGAGGAGUCGAGACUGUCGCUGGAGAAGCGCAAGGCGGCACGGGAGGCGGGAGACCUCGGGGCGCGCGUUUAUGGGUAUGAAGAGGAGGAGGAGGAUGAUGAUGAUGAGGACGACGAGGGCGACUUGUUUCGGAGGCGAGGGGACGGCCCGGCCUACAAGGAGCGGAAGGUGGCGGCGGAGGGUUUGGACGCCUCGGACGACGACGAUGUGGCCGUCGCGUUCGAUGACGACGACGUACUGGAGGGCGCGCAACACUGCUUCGCGACGGUGGACGACGACGAGGCCUACGGCGACUUUGAAAAUCUAGACGAGUCCGACGACGACUCUUCUGAUGGUGAAGACGAGGCCGCUCCUGCUGAUAAUGAAGAAGCACCCUUAGAAGGUAGGGAGGCGAUCGCCGCCGCGAAGGCCCGGGCCAUGGCGCAGAAGGCCGAGGAGGAAGAAGACGACGACGACUUCGCGGCCGACGCGCGGCAGGCCUUGCGGGAUCGGGCCGCGAAGACCGAUAGCGUGUUUGCGGACGAUGAGGAGAGAGUAGCGUUGGAGGGCCAUCGAGCGGGGUUGUACGUGAGAGUGCGACUCGAGGACGUCCCUCGGAGUUUCUUCGACGAGCGCGAUCCGGCAAGGCCCAUCAUCCUCGGUGGGUUAUUACCACACGAGUGCACGCCGCCCAGUCUACUCACGGCGAGAGUCCGGCGCCACCGCUGGCACGGUCGUAUACUGAAAGCGCGGGAUCCCGUCGUGUUCAGCUGCGGCUGGCGGCGCUUCCAGUCGGCGCCGCUCUACUCGCUGGAAGAUGAAAGGCAAACGCGACAACGCUUCCUCAAGUACACGCCGGAGCACAUGCACUGCGGCGCCCAUUUCCGAGGUUAUGGCGUCGCGCCGAACACGCCAUUACUUGGGUUUCAUUCCCUCAAGAGUGAUUGCGCCACUUUCAGAGUUUGUUUAGUUGGUGUGGUGGUCAAGCAGGAGACUCUCAGUCCGGUCGUGAAGAAGCUCAAGUUGUGUGGAGCCCCGUACCGAGUCGAGAAGAAUACAGCCUUCAUAGAUGGGAUGUUCACCUCGGCCCUGGAGGCCGCCAAGUUCGAGGGCGCCCAGAUAAAAACUGUUUCCGGGAUUCGCGGGUCGAUCAAGAAGGCCAUCCGCGAGGACGCUUCUCAAGCCGCGAGGCGUGCUGGUGCUCCGUCGGGCAAGGCCGGGGCUUUUCGAGCCACGUUCGAGGACAAGUUAUUAUUGUCAGAUGUGGUCGUCUGUCGGUUGUGGGUGCCCGUGGAGCCGCCGCCUCUCUGUUUACCUGUUGCUAACUUACUGGAAGCAGUGUCGGGAGAUACUCUGUUAGCAAGAUCCGUGGCCGAUGUCAGAAGAGCAACAGAAACACCCAUUCCAGUAUCAAAAGAUUCUUUAUAUAAGGGUCCCAUCGCGCGCGCUCCCCGGAAGUUCGCGCCCCAAAAGCUGCCGAAGAAACUCGUGGACCAGUUACCGUUCGCGUCGCGACCGAAGGAAGACGCGCCUCGUGGGAAGCGCGACGGCUACCUGAAGCAGCGCGAGGACGCGUCGACCGGUUUGGCGCCUCGAGAGUCGACUGAAACCAGAAGGACGCGGAAAUUAGUGCAUCAGCUCGAGACCGUGCGCGCCGAGAAAAAAAGAAUCAAGGGUGCGGCGAAGGAGAAGAAGAAGGGCGAGCGGGCCAAGGAGCUCGCGAAGAUCGACGCUUCCAGGCGCGCAUCCUCAAAACUGAAGAACAAGGCCGCGCAUAGGGCGCACGGCCGCGACCAAGCUAGAAAGCGGGCGAAGUUCACGAGUGGCGACGAGUAA